CCAUGCAGGGGCUAUAUAAGGUGGCACGGUGCUGCGGGCUGGGCUCCCUUCGACUCGCCGCAAGCGCAGAUGCACGCCUGGCCGAUACACGCUGCGUCCCUCGUGGACCCCGCCACACACUCGUCUGCGCUGAUGGAGCUCGUUGACCUCCGCUUGACAAAGCCUGUUGUUGAAUACCUUAUCGAGAGUGUCGUCGAGACCGUCGACUUCGCCAUCGGCCGUCCCUCCACUCCGAGGGGCCGCACCCCGUCCCGCUACCUCUCCUCCUUCACCACCUUUGUGCACCAUGUCCUCACCCGGGCCGAAGUCACGCCCGCCACCGUCCUCGCUGCCCUCGUCUACAUCUCCCGCGCUCGUCCCCAUCUAUCCAUUGGGAUUGAGGAAUGGGCGCUAGAGCGUGUCUUCCUCGGCGCGCUGAUCGUCGCCUCCAAGUAUACCAACGAUUCUACUCUCAGGAAUAGCCAUUGGGCGUUAUGCACGGGCGUUUUCGGGAAGGGCGAUGUGGGCCGUAUCGAGCGCGAAUUCCUCGAGGUGCUUGACUGGGAGCUGGCCAUCAAAGAGGCCGACCUGCUCGCACACCACUCGACCCUCAUGACCAUUGCCUUCCCCUUGCAGCAUCACGUGCCCGUGGACGUCGUUUCGCAGCCCCCGCCGAAAGGGCGGUUCAACAGCAUCAUCCGCGCGUUCCCCAUUCCGAUACCCGUCCGGCAUCAUGCGCACCACCCGCGUGUCUGCGUGGCGUAA